AUUCAUUCAGCGGCCGGCUUCCGAAGGAGGCGAGGAGAGCGUGCGCUGGCAAUACGAACUAACUAACCAGCCAGCCGUCGGGGAAGGAAGGUGUUUGUAGGCUCCCAUGACGUCCCUGCGGCCCCUCUUGGCCUCCCUGCUGGCCCUCGCCUUCACGCUGCCUCCGGGCGCCCUGGGCUCCUGGAACAAAGCCAACACCUUCUGCCACACCGUCGCCCCCGACGGCGACGGCCGCUCCCGGUUCCUGAGCUUCUUGUGGCGGCGCCCCGACGGGCUCCCGCCCGCGCUGGUCCAAAGCGCGUGGGACUCCCGGGGGCGCCUUCAGGGCUGCGCUUGGAGGGCGGAGCCGUCCCUUAUCAGCCGCUACGCGGAGCUGUGCGCGCCUCCUCCACCGACGGGGCCCGGGAGCCGUCGAUGGAGCGGCGUCCCAGGGACCCCCCACGGCAGCCCUUUGAUGCGCUUCCACUGGGGGGCGGAGCUGCAGCGACGGCUCGCCGCCUUGGACGCGCAGAAAGACUCCUGCAGGGCGCCUCCGGGGGAGACCAGAGCUGGCCGUCGGGGGGUAUUGGAGGAUCGGGGGCACAAGCGGGUCCGGAGGGGUUGGACGAUGCCCGGGACGCUUUGGUGCGGAGCUGGCGACUCGGCAGGGAACUUCACUGAACUGGGUAAGGAUAGUUGGAAGCGGGGCGAGGGCGGCGGUGAUGUUCGUGUGAUGGAAAUGGGAUGGAUUCAGUUUUGGCUGGCGUCGGAUGGGUACAGGGGUGCCAACUUGAAAAAAAAUAUUGUGGGGUAAGCCCCACCCCGCAUAAUCGAUCACAUGACGCAGUGCGCACACGCACAAUUUGAAUGGGAAUGCCCAUCAACUUUAUCGGGGUCCGGCCCCCUCAAAUAUUUUAUUGUGGGGGUCAAAGCUCCUACAAUCAUAGGAGUUGGCUCCUUUGACCGCAAGAGCAGCUGAUUUCAAAACGGUCCUGGAACGUGGAGAACUAAGAAAGAGUUUCUGAGCAAUUGCAGAGCGUUGCUCCUAUCCUGCUGAGUCAGUGCCGCCAACCGGGAGAUUUCUUUGGAAGAAGGAACAGGCGCUGUCUCCAGACAAAACAACUGUAGCUUUGAAGCUGGAAGGCUGAUUCUGGAGGCUGAUCAGUUAUUGUGCUUAUAGCUUCUUCCUCUUCUUCUUUUAAAAGUCUAUUCUUCUAUAAUAUGAAACUAUUCUGUGCAGCUCAUGCGGGAUUGGGGGCAUAUGAGCUAUUAUUCAGGCACUAGGCAACUUUCAUACAACGCACGACUGACUUGCGGAACUCACUGCCACUAAAUGUGGUUGGUGUCGCAUAAGUUUAGAUGGCUUCGGAAAGGAUGGGCUGCAAAAUUAGUUUUAGGGCAGGUCCCUGCAGGUCAUUAACUCUGACUCCCCCUACUAUUGGCCUCCACCCUGUUUGUGAUGGCGCAGGAGGCCAAUAGUAGGGGGAGCCAGAGUUAAUGACCUGCAGGGCCAACUUAAUUCUAGCUUUCUUCCUGCCCUCCUCCUCCUUGCUGAGCUCAAGGAGGGCAAUAUUGAGAGGAGGAAGCUGGGAGGCAGGGCCACCCCCUGGAACAGCUGAAAGUCCAAAGGCAGGCAGGUGAGGGGGGUGACAGGGGCCAGACUGAUGGGGCAGUGCCCCAUUUGCCCUAAUGCACCUGCUAUUCAUCCAGUGUGGGGAGAAGACAAAAAUGGAAUCUAGGAAGCUGCCUUAUCUGGAGUCAGAUUAUACUAGACUAUACUAGCAGUAGCUCUUCCAGGUCUGUCUUCUCCCACUCCUAUCUGGAGAUACUGGGGAUUGAACCUGUGACCUUCAGCAUGCAAAGCAGGGACUCUGCCACUGAGCCACCACAGAACUUCUCUUGAGCCACCGCCUCUGAUGCACAUCUGAGUUCAUCCAGGACCUGGAUUUCAUUGCACCAUCAUGUCUUUCAGAUUUUUGGGUACCAAAAGUUAAUGUUAGUUUGGAACAGAUAACAACUAUGUUGCCUAACGCCCGGUUUAGUUGACAAUGCCUUUAUUGCUUCAUCACUUUUGAUGUUUGCCAUCUGGGACUUGUUUGGGAAGAAGGGCUGGGUAUACAGUAAAUCAAAUACAUUUCAUAAGGAUCCUUUGGCAAAAGCUCUUUCCACUGUCGAAAGAGCAGAACUGUUGCUUCUCAUGUGCCACAGUGCGCACAUCCGAGACCACAAGGGGGCAGUGGUGGUAUCGCCGUUCUCCGUUUUUUUAAUUGCUGCUACUCCAGAGCCAUGAUUGGGGGUGCGGGCAUUGCAAGUCUUGUUGGUGGUGGGGUGAGCAGCGGGUACAAGGAGGGAGGACAGUUCAAAUGCCCUUGGGUUCAUCAAAUGAAGAAUGCUCCCUCCCACCAAAUUCAAAUAUCCUGUUAGAUGGCACUGUAGUUCGUUCAGCCCCAAAUGCAGCAAUAAAGUAAAGGUAAAGGGACCCCUGACCAUUAGGUCCAGUCGUGACAGACUCUGGGGUUGUGGCGCUCAUCUCGCUUUAUUGGCUGAGGGAGCCGGUGUACAGCUUCCAGGUCAUGUGGCCAGCAUGACUAAGCCGCUUCUGGCGAACCAGAGCAGCACACGGAAACGCCGUUUACCUUCCCACCAGAGCGGUACCUAUUUAUCUACUUGCACUUUGACGUACUUUCGAACUGCUAGGUUGGCAGGAGCAGGGACUGAGCAAUGGGAGCUCACCCCAUCGCGGGGAUUUGAACCGCCGACCUUCUGAUUGGCAAGCCCUAGGCUCUGUGGUUUAACCCACAGCACCACCCGCGUCCCUAAAUGCAGCAAUAAUGCACCCCAAAUGCAGUAUUUGUGAGCUGCAAUACUGUGAUUCUGGGCUUAGCGUCCAAGGAAUUUGUGUGCUGUCCUUUUCACCUUUCCAUCUCCAGAGUGAUUUUUGCAGCCAUGAAGACUAGAAACGUGUUUGUAUUUGAGAUUCUUGGUGCUCCAGUGAGAUUAAAGAUUGCCUCCAGCAUUUGGGAGCGGGGACGAUCAGUUUAGGAACACAGUUCUCUGCAUUGUAUUGCAGCAUCUUAUUAAGCAAACCGGUAUGAUGUCAUUUUGCAAGUGGGCAGCACAGACAGAACCAGAUGGGAAAGAAGGUUCAAUCAGCUGGGAGAAAACCCUCUGGCGGUAGUAGUGUAUAGGGCUUCCGUGGUAGCUUUGUCAGUUUGCCAAUUAAGGUGUAAAAAUCCUUGAUGCACACAAGUACAAUGGACUCUUUGCUCAUUUCAUUGUCUACAAACAAGGGUUGUUUCCUGUCCAGAUUAACCCCUUAUUUUCCUCUUCUACUCUACCGUCAUGGGCAAUAUUAUGGUUUACAACAUCGUGAUGUAUCACCACAUCGUGAUUGGCUGGCUUUGCGGUUUUUCCGCACAUUGUGAUUUUUGUAUGGCACACACACAUAAUCAUGAUUUGUAAUAUAUUGCCAGGUCAAAAAAUAUGAACCCGCUAUCACAGUAUGGACUUCAAACUGGUUUUGGAUAUUUUGCCCAGCCCUAGCCAUGUAGCUGCUGUAGGAGUCACUGUUGCUUCAAGCACUGUGGCACCUACUCUGAGUAGACAAGAUCUCCGCAUUUGUGCUGUGGAUGCACCCCCCCCGAUCACUAGAGCAGCCUUUGAUAAUCGGGUGCCUUUGGGUGGACUACAACUCCCAUGAGCUGCAGCCAAUGGUAGCCCUGCUAUCAUACGGCUAGGGGUGGCACGAUCAGGAAUAAAUGUUGUGAGCGUCUUCUUCCCCCAGGCGUCUCCUUGCUCCUGUGGUCACUACACCCAGCCCUUACGCGGCCACAAGCUCUGGAGCUCUUGCACCCUUCCUUAGCCUGAUCUCAGCAUUUUCUCUUGCAGGCGUCUUCCAAGGCCCAGACGUGUGUUGUCGGGAGCACGACAUGUGCGAAGCUCAGAUCUCUGCGCUGGGCUACAAAUUCGGGAUGCGCAACUUCCGCCUGCACACAAUAUCUCACUGCGAGUGUGAUGAGCGGUGAGUAUUGGGUGGCGCUGGUCUAGAGCAUGGCUCUUGCUCAGUGCCGGAUUUACGUAUAAGCUGAACAAGCUAUAGUUUAAGGCCCCACUCUCUUGGGGGCCCCAAAAAAAUUUAAAGGGGAAAAAACUGGAUGUACAUUUCCAAAAUAUAAGAUAAACAACAAAUAAAAUAAAACCUACAUACAGCAACAGUGUUUUGUGUUGCGUAGGCUCCUAUGAUGUAAGUAAUGGGCCCCGCCUGCUAGCCUGCUCCCUAAAAUAUCACUGGUUUGCUCAUUUCUAUAUAUAGGGUGCCUGCAUUCUGCAUGGGUCGCGGGUGGCGCUGUGGGUUGAACCACAGAGCCUAGGACUUGCCAAUGAGAAGGUCGGCGGUUCGAAUCCCCGCGACGGGGUGAGCUCCUGUUGCUCGGUCCUUGCUCCUGCCAACCUAGCAGUUCGAAAGCACAUCAAAGUGCAAGUAGAUAAAUAGGUACUGCUCCGGCAGAAAGGUAAACGGUGUUUCUGUGCGCUGCUCUGGUUCAUGCUUAGUCAUGCUGACCACAAGACCUGGAAGCUGUACGCUGGCUCCCUCGGCCAAUAAAGUGAGAUGAGCGCCGCAACCCCAGAGUAGGCCACAACUGGACCUAAUGGCCAGGGGUCCCUUUACCUUUACCUUUACAUUCUGCAUGGACUGGUUACAUGGCAACAUGUGCAAAUGGCUUUAGAUACCUAUUAGGUCCAUAAAUUACCAUAUAGAGUAUAUCCAACACAAAAAACAGUGACAAUUUGUUGUUGACAAAGGACAGCUGGACAUAUAAAGGGCCCCAUUACCUUCAGUAGCUUAGGGCCUUGUCAAACCUAAAUCCGGCUCUGCUCUCACUUCGGAUGCCAGAAGCCCCAAAUCUUUAACCCUGCAUGAGGUUUUUCUUUCUUUAGCUAUUUUGCACCAUGCUCCAAAGGCCUGCAGUUCAGUCUCCAGCACAGACUGAAAUGGAACUUGAUUUAUCAGCCCAGACAAGACCUCUCUGCUUGAGGCCUUUUAAAGUUGGGUUGGAGCAGGGAAAUGAAAGACGAGCUGGUCGAAGCCUCCAUGACACACUGGGCAAUAGAUAUAAGGCACAAUAUAGGUUUUAAGCUCUGGGGGAAACUUUGGAAAAGCGAUUUGAAGUUUACAGCAGGUUACUCUUUGAAGGAGAACUACUUGAAAAUGAUUUACAGAUGGUAUUUAACUCUGAGUAGGCUUGCUAAGAUGUAUAAGACUGAAUCAGGUAAGUGCUGGAGAUGCAAAUAGGUCGAGGGUACAUUCUUUCAUAUGUGGUGGACCUGCAAAAGGAGAAGAGUAUUGGGAAAUAAUCCAUAAUGAAUUGAAAAAAACCUUUAAAAGUACUUUUCCAAACAAAAAAACCCAGAGUCCUUUUUGUUGGGGAUAAUUCAGACUGAAAUUCCCAGGUGUCAAAAAAGGUUAUGUAUGCCACUACUGUGGCCUGUGUUUUGUUAGCCCAAAAAUGGAAAAGGAGUGAGGUCCCAACUAAUGAAAAAUGGCAGCUUAAGCUGACAGAAUAUGCACAGCUUGCAGACGUAAUAUAUAGAAUGAGAGAACAAGAAGAACAUACAUUUAGAAAAGAUUGGAAAAUGUUUAUUGAAUAUAUGGGAGAAAACUGUGUACACCUGAAAAUGCUGGCAGCAUUAAGAUAAAUUCAACAGUGUGAAUACGUUUUGAUGGAUGAAAUAAUGGAAUACUGAAUGGUAUAGCUUUUGUAAAGUAUGCAGGGGUUUAUGUUAUGCAAAAUGAACCAUGGAAAGAGAAGAAGGGAAGUCACUGAUAUUUUAUGGAUAUUUUAUGGAUGAGUAUUUUAAAUUGUAAAAUAGAAUACACACACACACACACACACACGUACUUUUUCAUGUAUAAGAGUAUAUUUUUCCCUACAUUUUUGAAGUUUAAAAUAAGGGGGCGUCUUAUACACGGAUAGUGCAUUUUCUUAAUUUUGAGUUCCCCAAAAAUAGGGGGCGUCUUAUACAUGGGGGUGUCGUAUACACGAAAAAUAUGGUGUAUUCAUCAUCCCUUUCUCGCAGUGGCCAGCCAGAUGCAUGUUGGGAAACUCUCAAGCAAGACUUCUGCACAUGAGCUCCCUUCCCUCCUGUGGUUUCUAGCAUUCAGAAGCCUUACUGCCUCUGAAUGAGGAGGAAGUGCACAGAAUGAUUGUAAAUGGUUCGAUACAUAUUCUGCUCCAGCAGACUUUCCCAGCUGGGUGAAUAGCUAGUCCGUUAGGGUGAAGGGGGUGCUAUCCCAUCGAACUGUGCCUUCGGCAAGCCCCCUUCUGACCUCAAACCAAUCCAGGGGGUGGUUUUGCCUAUCGGCUUUCUCCUGCAUCUCAUCAGCGCUGCCUAGACUCUGUAUGGAGGAAGACGGGGCAAAACUAGUAUGAAUUUGCUCUGCCUUCCUUUGGUUCUGGCGCCCCCUACUGCUGGACUCCCUGCCUUCUGCCCAAUGGGCAUGAGCCUCCAAUGGGUGCCCACUUCAUAUUGUUUUUAAACAUAUAUUCUAUAAUUAAAAAAAUAAUUAGGCCAUAUGUGGAAUGUGAUCAAUAAAAUAUCAGUAAUAAUAACAAAGUGGAAGCUUUGAAGUUGUCCUGUGUGACAGGCUAGCCUGCCAAGAAGGGAUUUGGGGAGGGCUAAGGAGAGACCCGCAUCCCUGUCUCUCUCCCAUGCCAAUUGCCCUGUAUAAACCAGCACUGAUGGUCGCUCCGCUUCCAUUGACAGGUUCAAGCAGUGCCUGUUGGAUCAAAACGACACCAUCUCCAACCUCGUGGGCAUCAGCUUCUUCAACCUACUGGAGAUUCCCUGCUUUGUCCUGGAGAACUCUGAGCAAUGCCUGGAAUGGCAUUGGUGGGGAGGGUGAGUGUUUGGCUCUCUCUGGUCUUCCCUGACUGUAGGGGGCUUGCUUUCCCUCUAGGUGGCGUUCAUCUUAUUUUACCCUGUGCACUGAACAGGGUAAUUAUAUAUAUCUAUAACUUUGUAUUUAUAUCCUUUUUACUUUUUAUCUAUCUAUCUAUCAUCUGUCUAUCUAUUUACAGUGGUACCUUGGUUCUCAAACUCGAUCUGUUCCAGAAGUCCAUUCCAAAACCAAAGCGUUCCAAAACCAAGGUGCACUUUCCCAUAGAAAGUAAUGCAAAAUGAAUUAAUCCAUUCCAGACUUUUAAAAACAACCCCUAAAACAGCAAUUUAACAUGAAUUUUAUUGUCUAAUGAGACCAUUGAUACAUAAAAUGAAAGCAAUAAUCAAUGUACUGUAUUAUUACAUUAUUAUUUUUUCUUACCUGCACUGAUGAUAGUCAUUGUUUGGAUGGGGGGCUUUUAUCCACUUUUAUCCAUGCAGUCACACAAUCAAUCAGUAGCUGACCUGGAUUCCACACAGUCACAAAAAACCAAUUUGUAAUGGUUCUAGGGGUUGCUCGUGCGUAAGCAGGUGCCUAUCUCCCCGGCUGGGUGCAAACCCCUGGCUGGGUUGCCAAAGUGAACCUUUUCUGUCCGGACAGCCACUCACCCGUGGCUGACUCAAUCGCUGGCAGAAUCCGUCAGUGGGCGUUUCUUAAACUUCUUCCAGCAAAGAAGCUCUUUGACGCCUAGUCUCCUCCUACUCUCUCUGCGCAAAAGCCUUCUGCGCAAGGAGGGCGUGGGCAGCGGAGGACCCCUACUCUCCCCGCUGGUCCCAGGCAAGGAGUCAUGGGACCGCCUCCCCGCUUCCCCCAUCUGCCCCCCUUCUCCACUGGUGCUACGCUGAUUCUCUUCCCCAGAAGAUGGGCUGCUUCUCCCAAUCCCGGGACGCUCUCUGGAAUCCCUCUGGCUUUUGCUCUCUCCCUCCGGCACUGAUGGCAGUUCCCUGACACAAUUAACCAAAAAAGUCUCAAAAACAAAAACGCCAAAUAGCAAAAACAAAAGCACCAAACUUUAUCUGUUCCGGAAGUCUGUUUGACUUCCAAAAUGUUCGAAAACCAAGGUGCAGCUUCUGAUUGGUGUAGGUGCCCCGGAAACAAUAGCCGACAGCCACAUCAGGCGUUCGAGAACCGGAACACUUUCUUCUGGGUUUUCGGCGUUUGAGAACCAAGGUGCCACUGUAUCUGGUUUUUCAGAUUAAAAUUUCACAGUCACAUAUCCAACAUAAAAAAAAGAUUCCAAGGCAUCUCUUGGACUUCCCUCCUCCCCUUUGUGGGUCCUGUUGUUAAUCAUUUCUUCCUGCAUCUUUUAUGAUAAUCCAAAUCUUUUACCUCUACAUUGUGUCCAAAAUUCACCAUUAAACUACAAGUGAUAUUCCAAUCCUAAUAACAAUUUUAACUCUUUACAAUGGUCUUUAAGAUACGUUAAAAAUUUUCCCCAUUCCUUAAUACAAUUUGGUCUUCCUGAUUUCUGAUUCUUCCGAUCAUUUUAGCCAUUUCAGCAUAACCCAUCGACCUGAUCUGCCAUUCUUCUCUGGUAGGGACUUUAUCUUCUUUUUAGUUUUCAAUAACGGAUAUAUUUUCAAAAAUGCCUGAAGCAGUAUAUUAUUUAAAAGGCCUGUUGCUGGCCUGGAUUCACACGCAUCAUUGGUGUUAGAAGUGGGAUUAAAAGUCGAGACGUCUCUCCUGGUCUUAACUCCUCCUCCACCACCUUGCCUUUCCAGGUGCAAGGAGUAUGGCCUGAAGCCACUGGCUCGCUUAGUGGAGCAGAGCCACUACCAUGCAGCCUUGCCAUACGUCGAGAGCUCCAGCCCUGCCACGCCUCCACCCCCACCCAAAAGGCAUUGGGGCAGGGGCAGGAAGCACGGCGGGAAGAAGAACCAGAAACACCCGAAACAUCCAGAACAGGAUGCCUCAGAAAGCCUGCGGCCGCACCCGGUACGCCCAGGCGCCUCGGGUUCUGUGACUCGGCCAAUCCUGACCUCCAAGCCAGAUAGGAUCGCACACUUCCCAGUACGCACCAGUCCAGGAGCGGUCUCCGUGAACAAGGGGAGAGUGCCUUUGCCACCCACCCUCAGGACUAAGUCAAAACCAGACUUGUUCAGGUCAGGAGGCAUUCACACGACGGCACGUUCAGAUGUGCAGCAAACUGGUGCGAUCGCCACAAGGCUACCCAACGAGGCAGGGCAGGAAGCAGUGUCGCCGUCUAACGCCAGCAAACACAACCGCACUCGUAAACCGGGUAAACUAGGUGAGUAAAUGGCUGGUGGGGGGGUUGUGUCUGUGCUUUCUGGCAGGGGGUGGUUUUUAGGAGGUCCCCUAAUGUAGAAGUAUUUGGGAAUGGGGUGGGGAGCAAGAGAGCAGAUCGUGAGGGAGAGCGUUCCCCCCCUCACCCGACUGUCUUAGAAUAUGAAUGGUCUUCUAUCCCCCCCCCCAAUUUUUAUUAAAUUUUCUCUUUUACAUUUUGGAGCAUUCAUUUAAACAACCUUAAAAUAUCAAUGGCUUCCUUUCUUCUGUUUCCAUGGUUCAUUUUGCAUAACAUAAAUCCUUGCAUAUUUUCUAUAAACCAAACCAUUCAGUAUUCCAUUAUUAUAUCUAUCAAAACUUACUUACACUGUUGAAUUUAACCUCAGUGCUGCAAGAGAUUCAGAAGUCUUCUAAAGGUUGUUUAGUUACUUGUGUAACUCCAUACCCUCCAGUAUUUCUCCGAUGAAAAUAGGGACAUCCUAAGGAAAUGCGGGACAUUCUGGAAUCAAAUCAGAAACCGGGACGGCUUCUGUAAAUCCGGGACUGUCCCUGGAAAAUAGAGGGCACUUGGAGGGUCUGCAGGGGCUUGACUACUACCUCUGGGAUUGUGGGUUCCUCCUGGUUUUAACUGUUUCCCGCUUGCCUCGCCAGCCCGGUCGCGAAGCUGCAGCUGCUACCGACGCCUGGACCAGUGCCCGUACAGGAUCGGGCCCAACGAGGUCAAAUAUCAGCUGCAUAAUGUGGACUCCCGCACCCUCUUCCACUGCAACUGCACCCGCAGGUAAGUGCAGGUGUUUUCCUCCCCCCCACCCCAUCCAAAUUGCACCAUCCCUGGGGCCGAGCAGCUGAACUGAUGGGGAGGAAACCGCUGGGAAGGAGGCCCCAUAGCCUGUAGACUUGGAGGAGGCGGGGUCUUGUAGGACACACCCAUUUCAACCUGUUUCUUGGGGCGCUUUCAUCUGAUGGUGGUCCAACCUUCCUUGGAAGACUUCCAGCGAGGGAGACUCUAUCAGGUGGCAGAGGAACCAAACCCCAUGGCAGGUUGCCAGGAACGAAUAAGACCAGUGCCAGAUUUACAUGUAAGCUAAACAAGCUAUAGCUUAGGGCCCCACUCUCUUGGGGGCCCCCAAAAAAAUUAAAGGGAAAAAACCCUGGAUGUACAUUUCCAAAAUAGAAGAUGAAAAACAAAUCAAAUAAAACUUAUAACAGCAACAGUGUUUUGUGUUGUGUAGGCUCCUGUGAUGUAAGUAAUGGGCCCCGCCUGCUAGCCUGCUCCCUAAAAAUAUCACUGGUUUGCUCUUUUCUAUAUAUAAUUAUUUCACUAUUAAUAUACUUCUUAAUUGUAUUUCAGUUCAACAGUUACUUUGAUAAAAUUUUGUUAUGUGCAAAUGGCUUCAGAUACCUAUUAGGUCCAUAAAUUACCAUAUAGCAUAUAUUUAACACAAAAAAUAGAGACAAUUUGUUGUUGACAAAGGACAGCUGGACAUAUAAAGGGCCCCAUUACCUUCAGUAGUUUAGGGCCUCAUCAAACCUAAUCUCUGCCCUGGAUAAGACAAGGAAAAGUCCUUACCAUCUGCUUUUUAAUUCAAUAUUAACAGAGAGAGGCUUGGGAAUGCAGCCUCUUGUAAUACAGUGGUACCUCGGGUUACAGACUAUUCAGGUUAGACUCCACUAACCCGGAAAUAGUACCUCAGGUUAAGAACUUUGCUUCAGGAUGAGAACAGAAAUCGUGAUCCGGCAGUGCGGCGGCAGCGGGAGGCCCCAUUAGCUAAAGUGGUACCUCAGGUUAAGAACAGUUUCAGGUUAAGAACGGACCUCCGGAACGAAUUAAGUUCUUAACCUGAGGUACCACUGUAAUGGUGUUAGCCUGAGUGACUCUCCACCCCCUUUUUCUCCCACUUCCUCAUUCGUCAUCUCUUCCACGGGUGGCACUGAGGGCCCUCUGCCUCUGAGCCCUCUGCUCUCCUACUUUCAAAUCUUGCCGGGUUCUUGAAUGCUUUCUAAAGACACUGUGUCCGUCAGCUGUCUCCCUUCUGGUGCUGCUGCUUCCUCCUCCUCUCCCAUUAUUCCCCAGCUUUCCCCUUUGUCUUCCUCUGAGCUGUGAUCUCCCUCAAAGCCCUGUUGUAAUUCUGAACUGUCUUCAUCUUCUCUGGAAGGGUCAGGCUGGGCAGGAGGUCUCCACCAUUCCCCUUCUGCCCAGUCCCUGACACAGAUGUUCUGCCACUGAGCUGAAGUCCUUCCCCUGAAAAUAAAGUAGAUGGUUCUGGAAAGGAAGAGCUAGAUUAAAUAGGAAGCUGCCCUAUUCCAAGCCAGACCAUUGGUCCAGCUAGUUCAGUAUAGUCUACACCAGCGGUUCUCAACCUGUGGGUCUCCAGAUGUUGUUGGACUACAACUCCCAUCAUCCCUGAGCUCUGGCCUUGCUAGCUAAGGGUGAUGGGAGUUGUAGUUCAACAACAUCUGGGGACCCACAGGUUGAGAAGGGCUGGUCUACACUGACCAGCAGCAGCAGCAGCUCUCCAGGGUUUCAGGCAGACAUACCUGAAGACGCUGGCCCUUGAACCCGGGACAACCUGCAUGCAAGGAAGGCAGACUGCCACGGGGCUAAAUCCUUUCCCUCGGCUUCCUGACCGGAGGGGUGGUGUGGGCUGGAGGUCUCUGGUUUCUAAGCCUCUUUCUCCUUGCAGGCUGGCCCGGUUCCUCCGGAGGACGAAGGGUCCCAACGAGGUGGAAGAGGAGGUUCUCUCUGGCUACGUCUCCUCCUCAUGUUUCGUCCUGCAGAGGCCUCCAGGUUGCAUGGAAGGAGAGGGCAAGCAAUCCAAGUGAGUGGCCUGUUCGUUGGGUGGCGGUUGGGUAAAAGGUGGGCUUGGGCUUCUGAAAGGGAGGCUGGAGGCGGGGCCCAAUGCAAGGCAUGUUGCUUCCCUAAGAGGCUACAGCAGCUAGAUGGGAUGGGUGUCCCUGACCGGCCCUUAUGGUUGUACAGUUGUACCUUGGAAGUCGAACAGAAUCCGUUCCGGAAGUCCAUUCAACUUCCAAAACGUUCAGAAACCAAGGCAUGGCUUCCGACUGGCUGCAGGUUUGCAGUGUUUGGGUUCCAAGUUGUUUGAGUACCAAGGCAUUUGAGAACCAAGGUAGUCGUUGAUGUACAGUAUUUUUCGCUCUAUAAGACGCACCUAGUUUUUGGAAGAGGAAAACAAGAAAAAUUAUAUUCUGAAUCCCAGAAGCCAGGACAGCCAGCAGGAUUGCAGCGCUGCGAUCCUGCUGGCUGUCUUGGCUUCAGCGACAGCAAUGUGAAGCCUCCGGAGCACAACAGGAGCUCCCGCUGCACUCCGGAGGCUUCGCGUUUCUUUCACUGAAGCCAUAGAGCCUGCAUUCGCUCCAUAAGACGCACAUACAUUUCCCAUACUUUUUAGGAGGGGGAAAGUGCGUCUUAUAGAACGAAAAAUUGAGGAAAUUAUGACUUUGCUGAAACGGCCUAGCAAAAGUCUGUGUGGCAGAGGUGAGAUUCAAACCAGGGUCCUUCCCGUUCCCAUUCCUAGCGGCGGACCCGUUCUUGAGCGUUUUUAUCCAAAACCCUUGGCAAAAAAAACCCACAAUAGAAUUCCCCGCCCCGUUUCCCCGGAGGCAGGGAGGGCUAACCUGUUCCUAUUUCUUUGCCCUCUUGCAGUUGCAUUGAUGUGGGCAGAGCCGUCCUGGCCCCUGCACGGCACCUCACCAAUCGGCUGGCACAGACGCACGGGGGCUCCCGCCUCAAGGUGAAGCGGCAGGAGUGGGCGCCCCCCAGCCAGCCUCUCCGACUGUUCGAUAAAUGCAUGCAGCUGCUGUGAAGGCGCCCACCAGACCCGGCCCCAUUGAGCCGCAGGCAGUCUUUUCCCUUUGGACACUGAUGGGGUGGGGGGAAAGACCCCAGAGUGGGUUGCAGCCGAGCUUGGCCCCCAUGAAGUGGACUGCCCUGCCUUGACCGUGGGGCUGCCUCUACUUCUGCUGAUGUCACUGAGGAUAUGAUGCCCCCCAGCCGUGCUGAGCGCAGCAGGGGAAAGGGCUUCCCUCCAGAGGCUGAGAAAUCAGUGCUAACCAGUGCUCACCAUCAGCACAACUUUGUGCAGAAGAGGCCAAGAAAUGGCCUUGUGGGGGGUGGCGUAAAAGGGCUCUCUUUGCGGAGGGUGGGUUUGUCUUGACCUGAGAACAGACUCUGCUCAUCUUCAGCAAACAAAUCGCUUCCAACCCCCUUGAGGACCCACGGGGGGACGGGGACAUUGGAUUACGUGGCAUGGAAUGGAAGUGGGAGGGGAAAGGACCUCUGGUUCCCCCCGCCAAGGAGAAAUGAGCCCCUCCUGCUCCUUAACGCUCUUCCUGCUCCCUUUCCCUUAAUGGUGUAUUUAUUAAGAAAGCUCUUGCUGCGUGUUUUGUAGGAUGUUGUCGACUUGCAGCUGGACGCACCCCAAAGUCUGCACCCUUGCUUAUAAUUUAUUGGGAGGGGGGUUGGUUCUUGCUGCAGCUACUGUAAAUAGUGUACUAAUGAAUAAAAGUGCUUUUUCUGUAUG